ACUGUCUUUUCUAUCAUAUAUUAUAGUAAAUUUUGAACAAAAUUGUUCUUACAAUUACUCUAAUGAUUUCCAUGAUGGUAAAAUAUCAUGUUCAUCUUAUUUAUUUUCCAUAGUAAAUUAACUUUUACUAAAUUCAUUUGAUGAAUUAGUUACGAUUAUUAUUACGCCAUAAAAGAAUGAAAGAGUUUAAUCAAUGACCAGUGGUCAUUGACCACAAUCCAAAAUAAUCGAGUGUUUUAACACAAAUACAACUGUCAAAACAAACACGUCAGUAUUGAAUGUUGUAUAGUAAUAUGAUUAUUAUUAAUUAGCGUUAGGAACUCGAAAGUUCAUUGCCGCAAAUACUAAAUCCUGCCAGUGUUCCCGUCCCGGAGCGCGAUUCCUCCAUUCGCGGUCUUCGUAACCUAUUUCCUUAAGAAUAUUGUCCUCCCAUGUAAUCUAAUCGGAGUGAUUUUACUACGUUAAUGAUGUCCGAUUUGUUGUACAGUCAGUGUACUUUUACGUUAUGAAGUUUUCUCCAUUCGCCCGUUUCAUCAUCGCGUUUUUCACCGAAGAUUUUACUUACUUACUAAAAAGAACUGUAUUUUCGAAAACCCUAAAUUUCUUUUCGUCCAGUAACGUAAGUUAGCAGGUUUCGCUAUCAUAAAGGACUACCGCCGGUAGGAUGAUCGUCCUUUAUAUUUUAUAAUAAUAUGAUAGUAUUAAUUUUUACGAUGUUGAUUCAUUGAACAGAAUUAAAUUUGUAUUUUAUAACGAAAAAAAAAAGUGUUCAUUUAUAUCAAUAAAUAAAAAAAGAUUUUAUCCAAGAGGAGAACAAUCGACGAAUAGAAUUUGUUGAUUAAAAAUGUCGAAAAAUUUUGGAUCGAUGAUAUGUCAUAUAAACGAAACAGGAACGAAAUUUUCGUUUGGAAACAAGGAACAUUCUCCGAGUGAGCAAAGUAUUUCGAGUAUUGUUAAAAUAGUAUCUAAACAUGCAGAAUCUAGUUUACGUAUAAUGGAGGAAUAUUUGGAUAAACAACAAUUAACGGAUGUAAUAUUAAUCGCAGGCAAUAAGCGUAUUCCAGCACACCGUCUGGUACUCAGCGCAGGCUCUGAAUAUUUUGCUGCUAUGUUUACUGGUUUUUUAAAAGAAUCCAAGGAAAAUGAAAUUGAAUUAGUCGAUGUCGAUGGAGAUGCUUUAUCAUCAUUGGUUCGUUAUUGUUACACCGGAUGCAUAGAACUUAAAGAAGACAGCGUACAAACUCUCUUAGCAACGGCGCAUUUGUUGCAACUCCAUCCAGUUGUCAAAGCAUGUUGUAAAUUUUUAAGAAAACAACUUCAUUCGAGUAAUUGUUUAGGGAUACGCAUGUUCGCUGAUAUGCACGGUUGUUUGGAUUUACUUAAAGAGGCGCACGCAUAUACAACAGAAUAUUUCAUGGAAGUUAUUAAAAAUCAAGAAUUUUUACUAUGUUCUGCUGAUCAAGUAGCUGAAUUAUUAGAGUCCAAUGAUCUCAAUGUUCCUUCCGAAGACUCUAUUUUUCACGCUCUUAUGGCUUGGCUUAAAUACGAUUUACCUAACAGAAAAAAAGAUGCCAGUAAAUUGUUAAGUUUAGUUAAAUUGCCUUUAUUAUCGCCAGCAUUUAUAGCAGAUCAUAUAGAAAGUAAUGAAAUCUUUAAAGAUCAAAAAGCUGCGCAAGAACUUAUAAUAGAAGCAUUAAAGUAUCAUCUUUUACCUGAACGUAGACCACUACUACAAUCUAAUCGUACAAAACCUAGAAAAGCAACUGUUGGCCACUUAUUAGCAGUCGGAGGAAUGGAUGCCAACGAAGGAUCAACAUUGUCGAUAUACUCGUUUUCAUUGCGAGAAAAUUCAUGGAACUCUGUAGCCACAAUGUGGGGUAAACGUCUCCAAUUUGGUGCUGCUGUUGUUGAUAGGAAAUUAAUUAUAGCCGGCGGUAGAGACGGUUUGAAAACUUUAAACACUGUUGAAUGUCUUGAUUUUUUUCCUCAUGUUUGGUAUACUUUACCACCUAUGAAUUUUCAUAGACAUGGAUUAGGAGUUGCAGUCUUGGGUGGACCAUUAUAUGCGGUUGGUGGUCAUGAUGGUUGGAGUUUUCUUGAUACAGUUGAAAGAUGGGAUCCGCAUACAAAACAAUGGCAUAUUAUAGCACCUAUGUCUAUACAACGUUCAACAGUUGGUGUAGCCGCAUUAAAUGACAAAUUAUAUGCUGUAGGUGGUAGGGAUAUUAGUUCCUGCUUAAAUACAGUCGAAUGUUAUGAUCCUCAUACGAACAAAUGGACCGCUUGUGCUCCAAUGUCGAAACAAAGAGGUGGUGUAGGAGUAGGUGUAGUGAAUGGAUGUCUUUAUGCUCUUGGUGGCCAUGAGGCACCAGCGAGCAAUCCUAAUGCUAGUAGAUUUGAUUGUGUAGAAAGAUAUGAUCCCAAAACUGACACAUGGACAAUGGUAGCACCAAUGAGCGUAGCAAGAGAUGCAGUUGGUGUUUGUGUCCUUGGAGAUAAACUUAUGGCUGUAGGUGGAUAUGAUGGUCAACAAUACUUGACAUUGGUUGAAGCAUAUGAUCCACAUCUUAAUAAAUGGGAACCAGUUACACCUUUGCCUACUGGACGUGGAGGUCCUUGCGUUGUUAUAGAAAAUUCCCUAUAAGAUGUAUAAUUACAUGUCAUAAAUGCUCACCAAAUUCUCGACUACGAGCAAAUAACAUUCCUACAGUAAUUCUAAAAAACUUCCAUGUAUUAGAAUCUAUUUUAUCAUCUAUAAAGUGUACAUAUAUAUUCAGUAAUUUAAU